AUGUUGCGGGCGGCGGCGUCAAAGUGCGCCGGCGGCGCCAUCCGGCGACUGUCGGCAGCAGCCUCAGUAGGCGCGAGGAGGAAGCCUCCCCAGGACGAGGGGGACUGGUCCUACUACAAGGAGUGGUGGGGCGACGACGACGGCCCCGGCGACGGGGCACAAACCGUCUUCCGCCGCCACUCCGAGCACGGCAAUGGCGUCGUCUCCGUCGUGGCGUACCCAGCCUCCCAGCCGGCCAGCGAUCAGUGGCCGGUAAUGGAGAGAUGGCUUCAAGAGAGAAAUUCAGCACUAUACCCAGAAUCAACUGUAGCUGACCAGUUUAAGAUACUAGGCUACCAGUGGAGAGUAAUGCGCUUUAAUGACCAUACACGGCAAACUGCUGCAAAAGUAAUGGCGUGUUACAGGUCCGGCGGUGAUAGAGCAUUUUACUCGAUGCAACAACCAAAUUGUGUAGCUGUUCCUUAUGCCAAGAGUAUGGUAUCAGCUGGAUUGACAGCACUAUCUUGCUGUUCUUUUGAUGUCCCUCGAGCAGUUUCUGAGCACGGCACUAUGAAAAUUCUUUGUAUAGGCCAUGGUGGCGGCAGCAUACCAUUAUUUUUGGCUAGUAAAUUCAAAGGUGCUGCCGUCCACAUUGUGGAAAUCGAUCCAGUUGUCGUUUCAGCCUCGGUUGAAUCCAUGGGUUUCCCUGCAUCACCUGCGAAAGGGUUAUCAUCUCACUCCAUGCAGCCUGCUGACGCAGACAAGCUGCUGUGGGGAGGCAUCCAUGACCGUAUCUUCCUCCACAUAACAGAUGCAGAAGAUUUCAUUGCUACCGAUAACAACGUUUACGACUUGGUCUUCAUCGACGCUUAUGAUGGAAACGACAUAUUUCCCCGCAAGCUCUGGGACAUCGACGGGGCAUUCCUGAAGAACCUAGAUGAGAAAGUACACCCUGUCCAUGGCACUGUAGUUGUGAACUUGCAUUCUGAUUCAGAGCUAUGCCCAGAUGUUGAAGACGAAGCCCCUUUCGAGAGCACGCUUUCUAUGGGCAAGUACGUUUCCCAGGUCUGCAGCGCGUACAAGCAGCACUUCGGGCUGGCCUUCAUGGCGGCCGCCCCAUGGCUCUGCAACGUCACCCUGGUCGCCUGCCGCGAUAAGACGAUACUGCGUGGUGCGCCUGUAGGACGUAGUGGUAGAGACUUUGUUCUUAGCAAGCUCCUGUCGAGGUCGAGCAUGGUCGAGCAGGCGUUGGACCUGCCGUUUCCUUGCCUGCAGUACGUCAAGAAUGGUUUCACGCUGGUUGAAUGAUCUUUUGAUCUUUUAUGAACACAAAAUCGUCUCUUUUCUUUUUGCGCCAUUUGUUCUUGCGGAUUGAUGAGUUAUCUUGAACUCGUGACGUGGUUUCCUGCAACCUUUUCGCCGGCAGUUUGCACGAGGUUGGCGAGAUUUCUGUG